AUGGCAGCUGGGUUAGUUGUAUCCAUAGCCGUAACUCCAAAAUUGAGGCCAUUUUCCUUAAUUUCCCACCAAAAUCAAUCUUCUGCACAAAAGGGAGGGAAUAUUGAUCCACGUGGUAAUUACGCAGAUUGUGCUUCACUGAUACAGGGGUUAAGUAGGAAAAAAUUGCCUGUUGCUGCUGAAAGGCUAGUCCUUGAAAUGAAAUCUGAGGGUUUUGUACCUGAUAGCUCUACCUUGUCAGCAUUGAUGCUAUGCUAUGCUAGUAAUGGUUUAUUUUGCAAAGCAUUAGCUGCUUGGGAUGAAAUUAUGAACAGUUCAUUUCUGCCGGAUGUUCAUGUAAUUGCAGAACUGAUUGAUAUCUAUGGCUGCAAAGGAUAUUUAGAUGUUGCUGUCAGAAUAUUGCAUCAGAUUCAGUUGAAAGAUUCCAACCUGCUUCGUGAUGUUUAUGCUCAGGCUAUCUCUCGUUUUGGGAAAAAAGGGCAGCUUGAAUUGAUGGAAGUUAUGCUGAAAGAGAUGGUUUCCAUGGGGUUCCCUGUUGAUUCUACUACUGGAAAUGCCUAUGUUAUUUACUAUAGCAAUUUUGGCACGCUGAGUGAAAUGGAAGUUGCAUAUGGCCGUCUUAAGAUGUCAAGAAUUCUUAUAGAGGAAGAAGCGAUCAGGUCGAUAUCCUUGGCUUAUCUCAAGAAAGAGAAGUUUUAUAGUUUAGGUCAGUUUGUAAGAGAUGUCGGUCUUUGUAGGAGAAAUGUGGGGAAUCUACUGUGGAACCUGUUACUUCUUUCUUAUGCUGCCAACUUCAAAAUGAAAAGUUUGCAGAGGGAAUUUGUGAGAAUGGUAGAAAGUGGAUUUUUUCCUGAUCUUAAUACUUUUAAUAUUAGAGCUUUGGCAUUUUCAAAGAUGUCUUUAUUUUGGGAUCUGCAUGUAACCCUUGAACAUAUGAAACAUGAGAAGGUAGUUCCUGAUCUUGUGACUUACGGUUCUGUUGUUGAUGCAUACUUAGAUAGAGGUCUGGGACGAAAUUUGGAUUUUGCUUUACAGAAAUUGAAUAUAAAUGAUUGUGUUACAGUAGCAACAGAACCGCUUGUAUUUGAGGCAAUAGGGAAAGGAGAUUUCCACUUAAGCUCGGAGGCACGUUUAGAGUUCAGUAAGAAAAAGAAUUGGACGUAUGAGGAGCUUAUCACCACCUAUCUCAAGAAAUACUUCCGCCGUAAUCAAAUUUUUUGGAACUAUUGAUGAUGAAUAGCUUCUGAGCUGGAAGU